GCUCCCACCCCGGGGUAUCCUGGGACUAGGCUUUUCCGGAAGGAGCGGCUCGGCGUCGGGGCUAGGCCGGUAUUCUAGGCCCAAGCCCAGGCCCAGGCCUGUGUUCCAGGCCGUUGCUCAGAGACAGGCCGCUGGCCGCUGCGACACUCUAGGUACAGCGGAGGACGCAGCGGGCCGUUCGCUGAGGUGUCCGGACCCGCCGCCGAGCGGGCCGUGUAGCCACAGUACGUGGCGGCGCCUCUUCCUUGCCCGAAGCGGAACUGCUGAAGGAGCGGCAGCGCAGGCCGGACGAGGUGAACCAGGUCAUUUAACCACCUUCAGGUGAUGAAUCAUCUGUCUAAUAAUCAGAUUUGAGGUCCACAGCCCUUUGUGGUCCUGCUACAGGGCGAUUUUCGGUGGAUGACUGACUGGCGUGGCCUGAGGGGUGCCGCAGUGACUGCCUUCCCUUGAUAAGGAAACGAGCUUUCUGUUCUUUGUGGACACCUCGUUGCCUGUAAAACAUUCCGGUUAUAACUUCUUUAUCCGGCUUGCAUCUCUGUGCAAGAGCAAAGCUUUCACAUGAAAGUGUCCCUUGGUAACGGCGAAAUGGGCGUCUCUGCCCAUUUGCAGCCUUGUAAGGCAGGAACCACACGCUUUUUUACCAGCAAUACUCACAGUUCGGUGGUACUGCAAGGCUUUGAUCAGCUUAGAAUAGAAGGAUUGCUUUGUGAUGUGACCCUGGUACCAGGUGAUGGAGAUGAAAUCUUUCCUGUUCACAGAGCUAUGAUGGCGUCUGCUAGUGAUUAUUUCAAAGCCAUGUUCACAGGUGGAAUGAAAGAACAAGAUUUGAUGUGCAUUAAGCUUCAUGGGGUGAACAAGGUUGGUCUGAAGAAAAUCAUUGAUUUUAUUUAUACUGCAAAACUUUCUCUUAAUAUGGACAAUCUUCAGGACACACUUGAAGCUGCUAGCUUUUUACAAAUAUUACCCGUUUUGGAUUUCUGUAAAGUAUUUCUUAUAUCAGGAGUCUCUUUGGAUAACUGUGUUGAGGUUGGACGAAUUGCUAACACCUACAAUCUUAUAGAAGUGGAUAAAUAUGUUAAUAAUUUCAUCCUGAAGAACUUUCCUGCUCUACUGAGUACUGGGGAGUUUCUAAAACUCCCUUUUGAACGGCUUGCAUUUGUGCUUUCCAGUAAUAGUCUUAAGCACUGUACCGAACUUGAACUCUUUAAGGCAGCCUGUCGCUGGCUAAGGUUGGAAGACCCUCGGAUGGAUUAUGCUGCAAAAUUAAUGAAGAAUAUUCGAUUUCCACUGAUGACACCACAGGAUCUUAUCAAUUACGUGCAGACAGUAGAUUUCAUGAGAACAGACAAUACCUGCGUGAAUUUGCUUUUGGAAGCUAGCAAUUACCAAAUGAUGCCAUAUAUGCAGCCAGUGAUGCAGUCAGAUAGAACUGCUAUUCGAUCUGACUCCACUCACUUGGUUACAUUAGGAGGAGUUUUGAGGCAGCAACUGGUUGUCAGUAAAGAAUUACGGAUGUAUGAUGAAAGGGCACAAGAAUGGAGAUCUUUAGCCCCAAUGGAUGCUCCCCGUUACCAGCAUGGUAUUGCUGUCAUUGGAAACUUUCUUUAUGUAGUUGGUGGUCAAAGUAAUUAUGAUACAAAAGGAAAAACUGCUGUUGAUACAGUUUUCAGAUUUGAUCCUCGGUAUAAUAAAUGGAUGCAGGUUGCAUCAUUAAAUGAAAAGCGCACAUUCUUUCACUUGAGUGCCCUCAAAGGACAUUUGUAUGCAGUUGGUGGGCGCAGUGCAGCUGGUGAACUGGCCACAGUAGAAUGUUACAACCCAAGAAUGAAUGAGUGGAGCUAUGUUGCAAAAAUGAGUGAACCCCACUAUGGUCAUGCUGGAACAGUAUAUGGAGGCUUAGUGUAUAUUUCAGGAGGAAUUACCCAUGACACUUUCCAAAAUGAGCUCAUGUGUUUUGACCCAGAUACAGAUAAAUGGAUGCAAAAGGCUCCAAUGACUACAGUCAGAGGUCUGCAUUGCAUGUGUACAGUUGGAGAUAAGCUCUAUGUCAUUGGUGGCAAUCACUUCAGAGGAACAAGUGAUUAUGAUGAUGUUCUAAGCUGUGAAUACUAUUCACCAACCCUUGACCAGUGGACCCCAAUUGCCGCCAUGUUAAGAGGCCAAAGUGAUGUUGGAGUUGCUGUCUUUGAAAAUAAAAUCUACGUUGUUGGUGGAUAUUCUUGGAAUAAUCGUUGUAUGGUAGAAAUUGUCCAGAAAUAUGACCCAGAAAAAGAUGAGUGGCAUAAAGUUUUUGAUCUUCCAGAGUCACUUGGUGGCAUUCGAGCUUGUACACUCACAGUUUUUCCACCUGAAGAAAACCCUGGGUCACCUUCUAGAGAAUCACCUCUUUCAGCACCUUCAGAUCAUUCUUAGGUCUAAGGUGUAACACCUUUGCAGUACAUCAUGGGUGAUCUAAUACUUCCCCUUCAGUUGUAUCUUCUUACAGUGAUUGGUACAGUUAUUAGAUAUAAAGGCAGUAAGCUCCUACAGGACAUUUUAAAACUACAUAAAUGUGCCAUCCCCAGCUCAACCGAUUAUAAACAACUGCUGAAAGAUUGUGGGUACAAGCCACCUGCCAUGUUGUGAGCACAUACCACAUAGCUCCAUGGAGAGGCCCAUGUGACUGUGAUGAAGAGCUGAGACUUCCUGUCAGUGGCCAUGUGAGUGACCCAUGUUAGAAACAGAUCUGCCAGCCCAAAUAGAACCUUCAGACAACUGCAGCCCCAGCUGGCAUCUUGACUGCAACUCAUGAGAGAUUCUAAGCCCACCGAAGCUGCUCUUGAAUUAUUGAUUCACAAAAACUGUUAGAUCCUUGAGAUGCCGGCUUAGCAGUUACUUCUCCUGGAUGCUUUCCCUGAUGGAAACAAGUCCUACAUGCUUCCAGAAUCUGGUACUUUCCCUGUCACAGUCAUUAGCAUUACUUUAAUUAAAUGCUCACUUGCCCACAUCCCACUAGACUGGAAGCUCUGUCAUUCCCUGAAAGCAGAGAACGUGUCUACUUUUUUUCAUCGUAACUGGCACCAUCCACAGAGCCAGCAAAUAAAAGGUAUUUGCUACUUAUUUGAAGUUUCAAGGUGGAUGAUUCUAUAUUUCACUUUAGUUUCUAGUUCAUGCAACCGCUGAAACUGAAUCAACAGUCAUCAGAUAUGACUCAUCUAAGAAAACAUAAGUAAAACUGAAUUCACUUCAGCUGGUAUAAUCUAUUAUAGUAAAUUGUUCAUCUCCUUCAUGGCCCUGGGAUUCCUACCUACCUACUUAUUGUUUAGAGCUGUCUUCUCAGGAAGAGUGCUCCACUAUAAGAAAGUAAAGUCUUUAUUUAACUUACCAAUAUAUUCACAAUGACAAGUAAAUUGCCAGGAGCAGAGAUAUUUAAAACGAUUUAUGAAUAAAUAGAAUUAAUGUUCCUUUUGGAUUUGAAAGCAGAUUAAAGGUUUAAGGGCACUUUGUAUCUCUUUGAGGGUUUGAGUAAGACCUGACUUUUACUGUAAAGAUUUAAGUACCCGCUCCAUCCUCACCAAACAAAAGAAACCAGAAGGCAAAGCUGACCAUAUUUAUAAACAAUAAAUUUUGAAAAUACAGCAAUUAUCGUUAGAUAAAUUUUAAUUAUUAUGAGCUAAAAUGUAAUUUCUCUCUAUUCAAAAGUACAGUUUUGCCAGGUGCAGUGACUCACGCCUGCAACCCCAGCAUUUGGGAAGCUAAGGUGAAUGGAUAACUUGAGGUCAGGAGUUCGAGACCAGCCUGGCCAACAUGGCAAAAACCCGUCUCUACUGAAAAUACAAAAAUUAGCUGGGCAUGGUGGUGCAUGCCUGUAAUCCCAGCUACUCGGGAGCCUGAGGCACGAGAAUCGCUUGAACCCGGGAGGUAGAGGUUGCAGUGAACUGAGAUUCUGCCACUGCACUCCAGCCUGGGUGACAGAGUGAGACUCUGUGAAAAACAAACAAACAAAAAAGUACAAUUUCUUCUUCUUAUUGAAACACAAUCUUACAAAAAUGACUCAAUACAUUGAUAAAUGAAGCAGAAAGGAAAGUCUUUGAAUUGAACGAAUAUUUACAAGCUUGAAGCCACAUAAUUAGUAGAUGAGACCCGAUUGACUGAUACUGGGUCUAAAUCUAAGUUUCCUUUCCAACCUCCUGGGAUUUCUGAUGAGCCUAUUAACACAGAGAAGGUAUUUAUUGAUUUUCCUUUCUUAAUUUGCAGUCUGACAAUGUCCCAGGCACAACAGAUGUGUUCUUUCUUUCUCACAUAGAGACUGAUUGCUUGUGAAUACUCCUUCACAGCCAGGCUGGAGUCCUCCUGCUCAAGGUCUCUUUGAUUUCCUAUACCCAAACAGGUCUCCAGAAAUUCUAGCUACUGAUCAAGCCCAGUGAGGAAUUUCAGUUCUUUGUGCUGAAAACGUUGGAGAUCUGCUGGAUCAUCUUAUGAAGAACAUUGGUGGCCUAAGACUUUUGGAAUUUGGUGCCAUGCGGCUGCUCCAGGGGAAACUUAAAAACAUUCUUGUUCUUCAGACGGGAAGAAAAGAAAGAUUCUUCCAAUUUGGUGCAGAAGUUUGAAGGUCACCUAUUUAUGGCAGCCCAUGGCUCUGGGCUAGGCCACAGCUAAGGGUGCAGAGAGAACUGCAGAAUAUCAUCCUCAGUGUCACUAGGGAAGAGGUUGGCAGGGUCAUUGGUGGGAUGCAGCUGGCUAGGCCAUUUGAAUCUUUACCCACCUGUCUCAGUACUUUCUUGUUGUGAGAUUCUUACAUAACCAGAUUAGGGUUUUCAGUUUUUGUACUUAUCUCAACUUUAUUUCCACUUUGUUCACCUUCUCCUCUAUUUAUGGGUCUCAGAUAAUGUCAUAAUCUCAACAUUUCUUUUGUAUUAUGACAAUGGAAAUUAAACACACUCAGAAAAUGGCAGAACUCUCAAUCUAAUAGGAUAUACCCAUCCAAAUGAGGCUCAAUGUUGAAAUAAAAACCUAUCUGAGUCUCAAUCUAUGUCUCUUUUAAAAUUCUAAUAAAUGUACUUAGAGGUUUGAUCUUAGACAUUUUUACUUCUUAAACUGCGCUGAAAUAUGUGUUUCCUCACCUCUGCAUUUCUCUUUUAAGGGGCUAAUACACUAGGUUUGAUUUCUUCCACCUUUCUGUAGAUAACGGUGGCAUAAAACUCGAAAACCCAGGGUUAAGUCAUCCAGUUGUCUUUAUUCUGUCACUAAAAAUGUCUUUACUGCAUAUAUGUGACAGACAAUAGGCUUGGCAAUUUCGAUUAAGAGAUAAGUAAAACAGGAUGAUGACUACUCUCCAUGGAUUCAAAGAAUGGCAUUUAAGACAUGAUUGUGAUUAAACACUAGCAUGCUCAGUGCAGCCAAGAGGAAGAACUGAAAGCUAAUGAAGAGGGAAAUUGGGAGGCAGUAGAAACUGCCACUUUGUGACAAGAUCUGUGGCUCCUGGAAGCUUAAACAUCAAGUUUUCCUUUCCUCUUCUGCAAAAUUGAGACAAUUUUAAUAGUUGUCACAUAGGAAAUUGCAAAGAUGAAAUAAAAUAAAGUUUGCAAAUUACUGGCUGAGAA